AAGAGUAUCCAUUAUAAUUGUUGUUCAAGAAAUCAAUAAAAAAGAAUAAGGAAAUUAUGUCUCUGAGGGUAAAAACUAAAGCCAAUAACAAGUUAGAUGAGAAUUUAGAGCCAACUAGUCCUACAUCAGAAUACUUCUUGACUGAGGUGGCAACACUCUAUGUUCUUUGUAUUUUUGAAUUGGAGAUACCUAUUGAUUCUUCAUCCAUCUAUGCUUUUUUCAACGAUGCCUUCCUUGAAAGUUAUCCUCGUUUCUCGUGCAUUCCGAUUGAAGACAAGCAGAGGAGGAGAAAUGUGUGGAAGAAAGUGGAAGUUAAUGUGGAAGAUCAUAUUAAAUUCUCAAAAUUCCCGGAACAUUUAUCACCAGAAAACUAUAGUGACCAUUUUGAUGAUUACAUCUCAAAAAUCGCUACAUCACAACUUCCGAAAGACAAACCUUUGUGGGAAGUUCACACAUUCAACUACCCAACAAAGAAUAACGCAGCUGCAACUUUAAUAGUUAAGUUUCACCAUGCAGUUGGUGAUGGUACAUCUCUCAUGGGCGUCGUCUUCUCUUGCUUUAAGCGAGUCGACGACCCGACGCUGCCUCUCACUUUCCCUUCCACUACUAGGACUUCUUCUUCAAAGGGACAUGAAUUACAUGAUUUUAAAGCUACUUUGAUGAAAGUUAUCAACAUUGUGCCGAAAUUUUUAUGUUCAAUGUUGUACAACAUAUACGAUUUUGGACAAACUCUUAGGGUUCUGCUUGUUGAAGAUGAUCGUACUCCAAUCAGGUCCGGAAUUACCAACAUGGCUCUUCCUUAUUCCGCAAAAAUUUGUUCAGUCACUUUAUCUCUCACUGAUGUCAGGAGAAUCAAAUCACUUCUUAAAGUGACUGUUAAUGAUGUUGUUAUUGGGAUAAUCUCUUUUGCAACUCGGUUGUAUAUCCAAGAUGCAGACCAAGGAGGACGACUAAAUAAUGCCCGCCUAACGGCAUCAAUGGCUGUCAAUAUGAGGAGUAUCAAGAGGUUUGCAAGUCCCGAAGAGAUGCGGAAAGAAAAUACAUGGGGAAAUAAAUUCUCAAUUAUUGAAAUGCCACUCCCAACUUUAGGGAAAGAUGACAUUAGAAAUCCCCUAAAUUUUGUUAUCAAUACAAAUAAAAUUCUGAACAGAAAGAAGAGGAAUGUGGGUGCCAUAUAUCUCACGGCAUUGACCCUUGAUGCUAUAAGGAUAUUCGGAGGCUUCAAGGCAGCAACUCGGACCUUUGAAAAGAGCUGGAAAAAUUCUACCGUUGCGAUUACCAAUAUGAUUGGACCCGUCGAUCACAUCAGUGUUGGCAAUCACCCAAUAAAAGGCUUUUACUUCGUACCGACUGGAUUGAACUUGAGUUUAACAGUUUCCGUGCUGAGUUACAUGGAAAAUCUAAGACUUGGUUUAGUAGUUGAGAACGGCUUCAUCGAUCAUCAAAGAUUAGUUACUUGCGUGGAAACUGCAUAUCAAAAGAUUCUUCAAGCUGCCAAUGCAUCUGCAAAGUCCAAGUAAAACACUAUCACUAUUUCCAAUUUUAUGGCACAAUAUACCACAUGAGAGAACAGUGGUGUGCUCCUCAUCUUCACUCCUAAUAAAUCUAUGGAUCCAGUUAGGCUCCACUUCCAUCAACAUGGAUGCCCUUUAAUUUGUCUCCCCAAUUAUCAAAGCAAUACUAUAAGAAUAAAAUAUGGAUAAUUCAAAAGAAAUUGUGUUGUAUUAUUAUAACUUUUUAUGACCCAUUUGGUACUCGUUAAUAAAUUGUUGUAAUAUUGUCGGAUGGAAAUGAAUUUUAAGUGUAAUGUUACAACGAAAGCACAUUUAAAAUCUCCAUGGGAAUGUAAUUUCAACCGUCAAGUUUGUAUUA